ACUACUCAUACAACAACAGUCACCAUCUUGUAUGCAUUAACUUAAUCUAAGAAGCCCUCUUGGCAACAAUGUACAAGAAUGUACGGGCGUUGAAUUUUAUGCUUUGUACAGACAAAAAGAGAGAACUAAUCUGACGAUCUAGAAAAUGAAACAAAUGACAAAAUGAAAGAUAUUGAUAAUGAAAAGGGGAAAACUUAUUCAAACUAAAUUCCAAUUUCCUAAUUACGAUAAUUAAAUCUCGGUUUACGUAACUAAUCAAAAUAUUUAAUAGUUAAUUAACUGUUGUUUGCAUGAUCGCACAGUCCUCUGCUCUGAAUUCAAUCAUUUAACAAUUAUCAAAGUUCAAUGAAUAAUGCAGUCAAUUUAAUAACCCUAGUUUCCAGAUACAGGUUGUCCUUACAUUAAUGUGGAAUGUUGACUUACAAUUUUAAUGCAUAUCCUAACAUUAAUGAGUUUUUUUCGUAUAGAGUUAUCUUUGAAUACUGCGUUUUCUGUCCCAAAACUGGAAACUCACGCUGCAGAUGUGACAGAUAAACAUGAGGAUACCUACUUCUCCAUGGCAUCUGAUCCCAAGUCUGAAAAUUUCAGAUGUGUAUUUUGCUCUGCGCUAUACAUGUACUGAUCGACUGUAAUUCUGCGCUUUAUUACCGAAGAAGAGCGCAGAGCGGUGUUCCCAUUGUCAAAGCUACGACACAUUCAUUAACGCGUCCUUUAAAAACAAUUACAAACUUUUUGAAUACUUUGGUAUUUCAAUUUCAUUGAAGAUAGAGAUAGCCUUGAUUUCUUCCUUUUGUUAUUCAAGGUUUUUUUUAAUUAACAUUGUUAAACCAAAAUAAAUAUGUUGAAUUCCUUUUGUGGCUUGAUUUUUGGUCAAUUACAGGCGCAAUAUUUCAUCUAUUUCACACGUUUAUAGUGAUAUUGGCAUUUUGAUAUAGAAUAUUGUAGGUUUUUUGCUAUUUUCUAAUAAUUUUUGUAUGAGUAUUUAAAAUUGAACUUCUCAGUAAAUUCUAGUAAAUUCUAUCUGAUAACAUAUUGAUUGAGCAAUGAUUUAGAAGAAAAGUUUAGUUUACGAUGCUGGAUUCUGUUAACAUUUUGUUCAAAUUUAAUUGAGUCUUCCUGUUCUAUCCGAAAAAUUCUUGAAUCACUUUCCCUUUGGACAGAAAAGAAGGUAAAGAAUGGACUGUCUACCGGAAGUACGAAGACAAAGUCAUUAUCAGUAAUCUUGUUUGAUUCUGAGAAGAAAGAAAUUUCCUCAUACUGUUAUAUAUAUUUUUAUUCUUCCUGUCAAUAAAUCAAGUUUUUCUUUAUUUGUAUACAUUAUCUCACAUUUAGGAUAUACAUGUGCGACAAAGUUUUUGUUAAAAUUUCCGGCUAAGUUGAAAGAAUACAUUUAGAAGCAAAAUGUUAGAAAGAUUUGAAUUUUUAUUUUCAUGUUAAACCCGUGUUUAUUUUUUUAGGUCAUAUUUUACAGUGCAUUUUAGUUAUAUGAGUAUCUUCAAGGCCGACAAAUAAAAAAAGGAAAAACUUAGAAAAUGAAGUGAAAGUUAAACACAAAUAUAAAUACCCUGAGUGCGACUUACAGAAGAAAGGCAAAUCAAAAAGAAAUGCUAAAAUCUGUUGAAAUUUAAGGUUCACAAAAAUAUAAGUCAUUGGGAUAGAAAAAGCUCACAAUACGUAGUUUCGCUCGAAAGAAUAAAAAGAUUUUUUAGUACAUGAUCUACAUGGGUCGUCCUACAGGAAGUUUUUAAGAUACCUUAAACGUGUCGUUCACAUGAAAUUCAGGUUUUCCUCAAUACUUGGGUCAGUAUUAAUCUAUAGUUAUAUAUAAAUUAUCAUACUUCUCGUUGCUUACAUAGACAUCUUUUGCUUACUCAGACAUCAUCAGAUUUGAAAAUGAACCACACACCCAACGACUGUCAAUCUUUCUUCAGAAAUGCAUUAUAUCCAAACACAGUUACAAUGGUUUUAUUUUUGUGUCUUGGAAUUAUAGGCAAUGGACUGCUUAUACAUGUGUAUAGAUUAAAAAUGCCCAAAACAGAAAAGAGAUUCUUCAUACCAAUGCUAGCAGUAGCGGAUUUACUUUCGUGUUUUUUCCAGGCUUGCUUCGGGAUAACCGAAAAUUUCUAUUUCAUUCAGUUUCCUUCAGAACUUUUGUGCAAGAUAUUGCAAUAUUUUUCGUGGAUGACGUCAACUUGGUCUGCAACUAUUCUGCUACUAAUUUCUUUCAGUAGAUAUUUGAAAAUUUGUCGUCCAACUGGAAAACAAUUCACACGUCACCAGAAAAUGAAUGCGGCAUUUGGAGGUUUACUGUUUUCAGUGAUUAACACGCUUCCUGUCUUGUUUUUUGUUGGCUUUCGAUUUCAAAAUGUCAUAUGUUUUGGAAAUAAUAUUACAGUAGCAAUUUGUGACUUAAAGCACUUGGAAGAGUCGGAAAAGACCUUGCAAAAUAUUUACAUUCCAUUUGAGAUCGCUGUCAUUUUCUUAAUCGGUAUACUCACUGCAGCAUUCUACAUUCCUACAGGUCUUCAGAUUUUCAGGAAAUACAAAAAAAGUUCAAGGAUAAAAUCAAAAAAGCAACCUAUAUAUGUUAUUCAAGAGCAACCUGCUGGUGAGAUGUCCUUAACUUGUGAGAACAAAACUUUUGAUUCGACGUCAGAUCGUACAGAUGGGAUAAGUAGAGAUUUAGGGUCUGAAAUAUGGACAAAUACCGUCAAUCGAUCAGUUUCGGCUAUUGAAGGUGAACAAACACACCAUGCACAAAAGGAAAUUUCUCCAUCCUCUAACAUAACCGAAAGUCGUAAUCAAGCUGGAAGAAUAAGAGCCAGUCCUGAGUUCAUAAGUAGGUUAAAAUGUUUUCUUUCUCAUCCUAAGGAAACCAAAGAGAACAAGGGUUUCGUCAGAUCACUAAGAAAAACAUUAAGUUUAGUGAAAUCAAAGAAAAAGCGAAAAGCGAGACACAACUUUAUGAACAUGUUCAUUACUAUUAUCAUUUUCUACUUUCUAACAUAUCUUCCUACUGUCAUAACUAUCCUAGUGAUAACCGAUGACCCAUUCAGCCAUUGGUAUUCUAUGGACGUUGGCACUUUAAACAUCGUGUUAUUGAUGGUGCGCUCCAUGAUGAUCAAUCAUAUCGUUAAUCCUUUCAUCUAUGGUUAUUUUGACAGAAUAUUCAGGAAAGCUUUUGUCAAAUCUUUUAACAAGUGCAGCUUUUGUGGUGAAUCGAUUACAAAAGAGAAAUAGACUUUUAUGACAAUCAUUGUGAUAUUGGUUGUUCUUAAUAUCAUUAAUUACUUAAUUGAAGCGAACCAUUGAUAUAAUGGUUUCUUUAAUUCAUCUGCCGACAAUAUACGGAAAUGAUUUUUCGUGGAUUUUAUUGGAAAUUAU